AUACGUAGCUUUAUAUAUCAAUCACAUAUCUAUAUAAAAAAAACCCAAAAUCUCGAUAUCCAAAUUCGUGACGGUAACUUGAUCAAAAAGAUUCGAGACCGAUGGCGGAAGGAAGUGAUGGAAGAACGUUGGAGCAAACGCCCACAUGGGCGGUUGCCACCGUUUGUUUCGUGAUGAUCGUCAUCUCCCUUUUUAUCGAACAAAUCAUUCAUAUGAUCGGACACUGGUUCAAGAAGAAACGAAAGAAGGCUUUAUAUGAAUCCCUGGAAAAGCUCAAAGCAGAGCUUAUGUUAUUGGGGUUCAUAUCGUUAUUAUUAACGGCGGGAACAUCACCAAUUACAAAGAUAUGUAUAUCAGAAGGAGCUGCCGACACGUGGCAUCCUUGCAGCAGGAAGGAGGAGGAGGAGGCGUCGGCCGACGAUGGAGAGGGUCGCCGGAGGUUGCUUACUUGGUCAAAAAUGGGCGACAGUGCUCGCCGGAUCUUAGCUUCUAGUGGUGGCGAAGACAAAUGUGCAGAAGAGGGAAAAGUAUCGUUCAUGUCGUAUGACGGGGUUCAUCAACUUCAUAUAUUCAUCUUUGCUCUCGCCUUAUUUCAUGUCAUUUACUGUAUCCUUACCAUGGCUUUAGGACAAGCAAAGAUGAAAAAAUGGAAGCAUUGGGAGAAAGAAACAAAGACCGUAGAAUAUCAGUUUUCUCACGAUCCAGAGAGGUUCAGAUUUGCAAGGGACACGUCGUUUGGAAGAAGACACAUGAACUUUUGGACCAAGUCUCCGGUGUUAUUAUGGAUUGUUUGUUUUUUCAGACAGUUUUUCCGAUCAGUCCCUAAAGUUGAUUAUCUCACACUGAGACACGGAUUCAUCAUGGCACAUCUAGCCCCACAAAGUCAAUCAGGAUUUGACUUUCAAAAAUACAUCAAUAGAUCACUUGAAGAAGAUUUCAAGGUCGUUGUGGGUAUAAGUCCACCAAUAUGGUUAUUCGCCAUUGUCUUCCUACUCUUUAAUACCCAUGGGUGGUAUUCUUAUCUUUGGCUUCCAUUUGUUCCUUUAAUUAUAAUUUUACUGAUUGGUACAAAACUACAAGUGAUUAUUACGAAAAUGGGAUUAAGUAUCCAACAGAGAGGAGAGGUCGUACAAGGUGUACCUGUAGUUCAACCUGGUGACGACCUUUUCUGGUUUAAUCGCCCUCGCCUCAUCCUCUAUCUUAUCAACUUCGUGCUCUUUCAGAAUGCUUUCCAGUUGGCUUUCUUUGCAUGGACUUGGUAUGAGUUUGGGUUAAAAUCUUGCUUUCACGAGCAUACAGAAGACAUUGUCAUCAGGGUCUCAAUGGGGGUUCUUGUUCAGUUCUUAUGCAGUUACGUCACUCUUCCGCUUUAUGCUCUUGUCACACAGAUGGGUUCAACAAUGAAGCCAACAAUAUUCAACGAAAGAGUUGCAACAGCGUUAAAAACAUGGCAUCGGACCGCAAAGAAACAAAUCAAAAGGAACAAAAAGUCAGGUCAAGUGACACCAAUGUCAAGCAGGCCAGGGACACCGUCUUAUGGCAUGUCUCCGGUUCACCUUUUACGGAACUACCAAAAUGAUAUUGAUAGUUUGCAAACUUCACCCAGAAGGUCAAACUUUGAUACGGAUAAUUGGGACACUGAUGGUUCGCCCUCGCCUUCCUAUCACCGACGUGGUGACACAGAAACCUCCACGAGUCAUCAUCAGAUACAAUUAGGCUCUAUGGACCAUCGUAAUGAAAUCCCCGAGCCAAAUCCGUUACAAGUGGCUAUAGUUCCUGAGACCGUAGAUAACCAACAACAUGAGGUGACGAUAGCAUUUCCUAAAGAAUUCUCGUUUGAUAAAAGACCGAAUGUAUGAUAGAGAACUGUAAGUAAAGGCAUAGAUAUUAUCAUU